AGUGAAUCUUAUAAGACAAAAAGAAAAUGAAAGGGAAAAAGUAAACAUAAAUAAAGAUAGUCAAAAUUUGUCUUUAAAUGAAUGUCAAAAGCAACUUUCUUUUAUUGAUAUAGAUGAAACAUUGGAUUCAAGUAUAAUUAAUACAGAUAUUAAUAAUACUGAUACUACUAUACUGGUUACUGAAAAUGUAAUUGAUUUUCAAGAAAUGGUGUAUCAACGUGAGAAGCAUAAUGCUUAUAAUUCUCGCAAUAUUGAACGUACAAUUAAAACUAAUAGUACAAAAUUAUGCAAAUCUGGUUUAAUUAAACCUAAUCAAGCAAAUCAUAUUGUCUCAUUUUUUAGUAAAAAUGAAAAUGCUGAAAUGCGAAUUGUUAAACAACGUGAAAAGAGAUGGAAAAAUGAGCGAAAAACUAUGAGCCAAUCUCUUGCUACUUUUUAUGAAAAGGGGCAAUCAAAAAAACGGCAAAAAAUUUUAAUUGAUAAUAAAAAUUUAAUUGAAAAUAUUGAAUCAGCAAAUAUUAAUAGUCAUAAUCCUCUUAAUGAGCAAGAUUUUGUUCUAGUUGUUUUUGGAUUACAACUUUGUAUUGGACAAGUAAUUUCUAGCUUUUAUGAAGAAUAUGGAUAUAAUAGUUAUCAUCAAGAACCAAUUACAGACAUUGAAAAUAUAUCAUAUAUAACUCUCAAAGUUUUUACUACUAUAAGUAAUAUUUUUUCAGCUUUAACAGAGGAGGGAUGUUUUUUAAUUACUCAUCAACAUCCAAAAAAUGUUAUUUAUCAUUUAAACAUGCAAGAUAUAAAGGUUUUUGAUGAUAAUACUCUUCAGUUAUUAAACAAAGCAAAAAUUCAUUAUAAUUUUUUUAAUCAAAAAGAAGUAAUUCAGAUAAUUGCAAAGAAUUUAUAACUUAGAGGUAAAGUUGUAUAAAAU